AACAAGUGGUGCUAUUGCUCCGAGAACCUCCUACUCUCAACCUGCUGAUCACGGUCGCGGUCCUCGAACAGAAGUACAGCAGUAAGAGCAGAAGUAUUUUCUUCCUAAACUUUCAAACCGUCCUUUUUAUUUACCACGAAAUAAUUAAGUAAUAAUAAAAGAAAAAUGGAUCCUCCGGUAAAUAAUCAGACGUCGACGGGGGCUCAACAACCAUCAAGAACUCAUUCACCUCAGCCACAACAUAUGAAUGGAUUCACCUUGAUUCCACCUAACGAGAAUCGCAGAACACAGACAAUAAUGACAGCCCAAAAAGAAGAAGAGAAUUUUCAGAAGUUCAGAGAGACACAAAGAGCUGUCUACGUACAGCCUGGACCACAGAGACUGGGUGGGAGCGGAACGAUGAGCGAGGCAAGACAGAAGCAAUUCGUGAAUCAUCGUACCUGCAAACUCGAGAAAAAGCAACAGCAGGUCGAGCAAAAGCUAAGAAUCAAGCAAGAAGAGGAGGCCAUGUUACAGGAGAAGAAAAACGAACAGAGGAGAAAGAGCGAGCGUUUGGAGGAGAGAAGGGAACUGGAGGAGAUCAGGCGGAGGGGCCAGCUCUAUCAGGAUCACUUCAGGGUGAAUUCUACUUUUCUGGACAAUCUCGAGGCACAUGGAGGAGUUGAGGGCCCACAGUUUUCUGCCUCUGCUCACCUGGAGGCAGAUCCACAGUGGAGCUGGACACGGGAAACAAGUACAUGUCUUUUAGCAUUCUGAGCAGACCCCUGACAACAACAUGGAUCUGAUGUCCCUGAAGAAGAACUUUCCAGACUGCAGCAUGGACGUCCUCCAGGAAAUCCUUGAACAAUGUAAUGGAGACUAUGACAGUGCCUACGCUCUGCUAAGCUAAAGUUCUUAGCUUAGCAGAUUCUUCCAAGAAAGACCUCGGCUAACGUUAAGGUUUGCAUCGGCUUAGUAAGCUAGGCUCCAUGCUAAGUUUUGGCUACUAUGCUUCAUUUAAAUUUCGGGGUGGUUAACAUCUCACUCCUGCUGUUUAGUAUAUCUUCUUAGCACUGUUAGCAUUUCUUAACAAUUUGCUUUGCAAACUAUUAGCUUUGGUUGGUUAUUUUAGACAACCUUAUUCCAUUUUAAAUAUCCUUUUAGAAAUAAUUUGUUGCUGAUCCUUGUAGGUAGAGUU